AUGGUCAAAGCUGCAAACUGCAAUAUUGAAUUCUCUGUUUUGAUGAAUGGUAAUCCUGUACGUUUCUUCCAAUCUCAAAGGAGGCUUAGACAGGGUGACCCAAUGUCACCUUUUCAAUUUCUUCGAGCAAUGAAGGGCCUAAAUCAAAUGAUUAGGACAGCUAAGUCUAAUGGCUGGAUUAGAGGUUUUGGAGUCCUAACAGAAGUUGGUGUUGCUGGUGAAACUUCUCAUUUGUUAUAUGCAGAUGAUUCUCUUGUGUUUUGUGAAGCUGAGAGUUUUGCAAAGAAUCUAGGUUGUCAGGUGGGGACUCUUCCAACAAAGUACUUGGGGAUACCUUUGGGGGCAAAGAGAAAAUCAGUGGAUAGCUGGAAUGAGGUUAUUGAGAGAUGUGACAAGAAGCUUGGCAAGGGGGUAGAAAAGAAGUUAGACAAGCUAAGGAGUAACACGGAAAACAGAAGCAUCAGUCAGUCUGGUGAAAUGGGAAGUCCUAACUCUUAG